ACAUUCUAAUGUCAUAAUUCUGUGACAUCUCCAAAAAAAUAUCUUGUUUUCCGAUGGUAUUUUUCGCGAAUAAAAUUAGAAAUGAACAACAAAAGUACCCCAUUCACGAUCGAGAUCAGCUUGGACAAGGCGAACCUUUUGAAUUCAGAACUCGGCACGCUGUCUCUAUGCCAGGGAGAUUAUAAGAAUCAACAUGAAGAGUACCAGUACCUACAACUGAUCGCUAAAAUACUCAAACAAGGAAUUAAAAGAUCUGAUCGAUCAGGUUUGGGAACCUUCUCUCUCUUCGGCUCGCAAAUGAGAUUCAGUUUGAAGAACCACUUUCCGCUCAUGACCACAAAAAGAGUAUUCUGGCGAGGAGUGGUAGAGGAGAUGCUUUGGUUUAUUAGCGGAAGUACAAAUUGUAUCCAUCUCACUUCAAAAAACGUCCAUAUUUGGGAUGCUAAUAGCACGCGCGAGUUUCUAGAUGCUGCUGGAUUAUCAGAUAGGGAAGAAGGCGAUCUUGGACCUAUCUAUGGGUUUCAGUGGCGCCACUAUGGGGCUGAAUAUAAAGGAAUGAAUGCAGAUUAUACCAACAAAGGAAUAGAUCAACUCUCUCAUCUUAUACAAACGAUAAAAACUAAACCAUGUGAUCGAAGAAUGAUCAUGUGUUCGUGGAAUCCUGUGGACAUACCGGAGAUGGCAUUACCACCAUGCCAUUGCUUAGUUCAGUUCUUCGUAGGUAACGGUGAGUUGUCUUGUAUGUUAUAUCAGAGAUCUGCCGAUAUGGGACUGGGUGUGCCAUUUAAUAUAGCCAGUUAUGCUCUCUUGACUUGUAUGAUUGCACAUGUUACGGAUCUUCAGCCAGGCGAAUUAAUUCAUGCUUUGGGAGAUUGUCACAUUUACUUCAAUCAUGUGGAGGCAUUGAAAGAGCAAAUUCAGAAGGAACCUAGGCCGUUUCCUACUCUCAAGAUCAAGAGGAAGGUACAGACUAUAGAUGAUUUCAACUUCGAUGAUUUCGAAUUGAUCGGCUAUAAUCCUCAUCCUAGGAGUAAACAAUGAUUUCCUUUUAGUAUUAACUUCUACUGUAAUCCAACAUGAAUAAAAGUCUAUUAAUCUAG